CGCCUCCCCUUGCCCUCUGCAGCCGCCUCCUCCCACUCCCUGCGCUAUUUCUACACGGCGGUCUCGGAGCCCGGCCAGGGGCUGCCCCAGUUCGUCCAGGUGGGCUACGUGGACGACCAGCCCAUCACUCACUAUGACAGCAGCACCCGGAGGAAGAGGCCAGCGGUGCCCUGGAUGGGGAAGGUGGGCGAGGACGAUGCCCAGUACUGGGAGAGGGGCACCCGGAAAUUGCACAGCGAUGAGCAGGCGUUUCGAGAGAGCCUGGCGACUCUGCAGGGAUACCACAACCAGAGCGGGGGCCUCCACACCCUGCAGUGGAUGUUCGGCUGUGAGCUGAGGAGCGAUGGGAGCAAAGGAGGGUACAUGCAGUUCGGCUACGACGGGAGGGACUUCCUCAGCCUGGACAAGGAGACCCUCAGGUGGACGGCAGCCGAUGCCACAGCCCAGCUCACCAAGCGGAAGUGGGAGAAAGACCCUGCCAUUGCUCAGGGAUUCAAGGUCUACCUGGAGGAGACCUGCAUUGAGUGGCUGCAGAGAUACCUGGAGUACGGCAAGGAGACCCUGCAAAGGACAGAGCCUCCCACAGUGAGGGUGACUCGCCACAAGUCAUCCACGGAGGACGUGGAAACCCUCGUCUGCCGGGCCCACGGUUUCUACCCCAAGGAGAUCGAAGCCGCCUGGACCAGAGCCGGGGAGAGCCGGGAACAGGAGACCUUCCGUAGUCGUGUGGCCCCCAAUCCGGAUGGGACUUACUACAUCUCACUCUACACUGACGUAGAGCCCGAGGAGCGGGGCCUCUACCGGUGCCGUGUGGCCCAUGCCAGCCUGUCGCAGCCUCUGGCCUUGGCCUGGGAGGGGCCUGCGGGUUUGAGACGGCCGAGGAAGGGAGAAGGCACAGAUCGGGGUCUGGGUUCUGGUAAGCUGAGUUUUCCCCGGAAAGACGCAGGAAUCCGAAGCAGAGCCGCACGUGUGGUUUGGGGUGCAAAGCAAGGUAUGUUAUGGGGAGGGAGGUGUGAUUCCUGGCAGGAGAGCUGGAAGAUUGGCCCUUGGAAGGAGCGGCUCCCUCGCUGACUGAACUCACUGCAA